GCCCCCUAUCUAUACCUAGCCAUGGAACUACUCCGCUCAAUCUCCCUCUCCGGCAACACCACAGCCCCAAACGCCAGCACCUGCGUAAGUACCAAACCCACACUCACCCCAUCCCCAAAGCCAAUAUCUAACACUCCAAAGUGCCUAGCCCUGUCCACCCUCUUCGGGCCCCUAGUCUCCUUCCCAGGAACACCGACCUACCAAGCCUCGCUGGACAGCUACUUCACCCAACAAAACGCCCACCUCCAACCUUACUGCAUCCUCACCCCAACAAGCCCCGAAGAAAUCUCCACCGCCUUAACAACCCUAACCUCCAUCCCAAACUGUCCCAUCGCAAUCCGGUCCGGCGGCCACGCCUACACCCCAGGCGCCUCCAACAUCGCCUCCGGCAUAACCCUCUCCCUCCAGAACCUCAACAGCACAACCGUAAGCUCAGACCACACGAUCGCCUCUAUCGGCGCCGGCGCAACCUGGGGCGAAGUAUACGCCCACCUGGACCCGCUCAACCUCUCCGUCUCCGGCGGCCGCGCAGCCCAAGUAGGCGUCGGGGGACUAACGACCGGCGGCGGCAUAUCGUAUUUCUCGCCGCGGUACGGCUGGACGUGUGACUCAGCUGUGAAUUUCGAAGUUGUUCUCGCAAACGGGACGAUCGUUAAUGCGAAUGAGGACGAGAACGCGGAGUUGCUGUUCGCGUUGCGUGGGGGUUCGAAUAAUUUCGGUGUUGUGACGCGAGUGGACAUGAAGGCGUUCGAGCAGGGUCCUGUGUGGGGUGGGAGUGUGUAUCAUGAUGUGUCGACUGUUGAUGAGCAAGUGAAGGCGUUUGUGGAUUUGAACUCGGCGGAGGAGUACGACGAGUAUGCGUCACUGAUUACCAGUUUCGGGUUUGCAGGGGGAAAGGGCGCGGCUGUGGUGAAUAGUUUGGAGUAUACACGGGCGGAGGAGAACCCGGAGGUGUUUAGGGGGUUUAUGGAGAUUCCAAGGGUGCAUAGUACGAUGCGGAUUGCGGGGAUGCAUGAGAUUGCGGUGGAGCAGGGGUCGUUUUCGCCGGAUGGGAAUCGACAGUUGGGUGUGGUUACGACGCAUGGUUCAACGGUUUCGAUGUUGAAGGCUGUUUAUCAGCGUUGGAAUGCGAGCCUGGCGGCUGUGCAGGACGUCCCGGGUAUUGUUUGGUCUAUUUCGCUUGAGCCGCUGCCGCCGGCUAUCUACGCUCGUGGCUCGUCUACGAAUGCGAUGGGUCUGGAUGAUAUAUCUGGUUCGCUGGUUGUGACGCUUCUUAGCGCGACCUGGAGCGAUGAGGUGGACGAUGCGAAAGUCGAGAAAGCUGCGCGCGAGCUUUUCGAGAAUAUUGAGGACGAUGCGUGCAAGUUAGAUGUCUACGAGUCUUUCGUCUACCUUAACUACGCAGCGCCGUGGCAGGACCCGAUCGCCAGCUACAAGAGUAAGAGUAUUGAGAAUCUGAAGCGGGUGAGCCAGGACGUCGACCCAAAAGGUGUGUUUAGGGUCAAUGUGCCUGGAGGGUUCAAACUGCCGGAUUAAACGUGGAUUAUCAUCAUCAAUAAGUACCCUAAAGUAAAUAAACACAAAAGACGAAAUGCCUCGAUCA